AUGAAAUUUUGGAUAGUUAAAAAAAACGUUUUCUCAAAAAAUCCUUUUAGAAAUUAUAAAAUUAUAUAUUUGAAGAAUAAAAAUGUAAAUAACUUUUUUCGUUUGUUUUCAUCAUCACCCGUUUGUAUACCUAAAAGGGUAGGGUUUAUGAAGCCGUCGUUCAAAUUAAAUAGGAAGGCUCAGAAAUAUAUUGUUAAUGUUCAAUGGUUAAAAAAUAAUGAUACGAAAAAAUUAGAAGAACUGUGUAACAAAAUAAAAAAAGAUGCAAACAGCUUUGAUAGUUAUGAACUUAUUGAUUUGAUAUAUUAUCUAAGUAAACAUUCUAAUAAAAAUGUAUAUUUAACAAUUGAACCUUUAUUAUUUCAUUUUUUUCUUAAAUAUAAUAAAAAUAGUCAUACAAUAAAUUUAAAUGGUAUAUCAAUACACAGAUUAUUAAGAGUACUUACAGAAUAUCAAGAUAUUGUAUAUAGAGAAUGGAUAUAUUCAAUCUCUGAAAUAAUAUCAAAAAAACAUGCACACAUCUCUAUGAGAGAUAUACAACUUAUAUUAGAUGAUUUGGCAUUAUUUUAUGAUUUUCAAAUACAUAAACACAUUAUACCUUUUUAUAAAACUAUAACUAAUCGAAUUAAUGAAUUGGAAAUUAAACGACUACCAUUUCUAAUACAUGUAAUUGGUCGCAUAGGAUCUAAUGAUAAUAAAUUAUUAUAUGUACUUUUUAAUACAUUAAAAAAUAAUAUAUUCAAAAGUGAAUUAUAUAGGUCAGAUUUUUCAGGACUCAUGUUAAGAGGAUUAGCUAAUCUUAAAAUUGUACCACAAACAAAUUUAUUAUAUCAGUUAUAUAAACCUAUAAGAGAUAAUAUUCAUUGCACCAAUAUUAAAUAUAUAUCAUGGUGUGCUGAUGGAUUUUCUAGACUUAACUUCUUCUAUCCUUUACCUCUUCUUGUAAAUCAAAUACUCAAAAUGAAAGACAAAAUAUCUCAACUCGAACUUAAUGAUUUUUCAUCAAUAUUAAAUUGUAUACAAUCAUAUAUAUUAAUAAAAUAUUAUAAUAACACACAAAUGGAACAGAAUAUUUGUAAACAUUAUCAAAAAAAGAUAAAUAAUAUAGAUAAAAACAAUUCAUUCUAUUCAUAUAUAAAUGAUGAAAAUAUUAUACAGGACCAUUUUAAUUCAAAAACACAAUAUUGUAACAUAUCUCAACCAAAAAGUGGUGACAAUAAAAUAUAUAAUCAAAAGGAUGAAAAGAUAAAUAAUGAUAUGGUUUAUAAUAAUACCUCACAACAAAAUACAAAUAACAACACAGAUAUAAAAAAUAAUAAUAAUAUGAAGAAAAAUAAAAAUAUGAACUAUAUGUUUAAUAAUUCUAAUCAAUAUUAUAAAAAUAUACAAAUAAAUAAUAAAAAUCCCAUUUUGGAAGAAAAAAAAAAUGGUUCUUUUCAAAAUAAUAAAUAUCCAAAUAAUGAUACAGAUAUGAAUUUUUCUAUUUCUAUUGAACAAUUAUAUGAUAUUUAUAUAAAAUUAGAAAAUAUAAUUUUAGAAAAAAUAAGUGAAAGUAUAUAUAAUAGUACUCCUCCAUAUAGAGUUAUUAUGUUCGAAUUAAUGACCAGAUUGUUUAGAUUUUAUAAUAAACCAAUAGAUCUUAUUAUUACUAUGAAUACACAUAGAUAUGAUACACCUAUAUUGUUAAAAUAUUCAAAUAGCUUGCAACUCAUUUUAUCAAAUGAAAAAAAUAGAUUAAUGAGCAAUUCUAACUUAUCUUUUUAUGUCAACAAGUUUGAUAUUUUAAAUGAUUUUUUUUUUCGAACAGAUCAUAAAGAAACAGAUGAACAUAAUAUGAAUAACCAUAAAUCGAAUGAAAAUAACAAACAUUGUAAUAUUGAAAAAAAUAGUAACGAUAUCUCUGUUAAUAUUCCUCUACCAAAAAUAUUUAAAACUUUUUUACAUUCCAUAUAUUUUAGAACUCCCGCUUUAGGAGGUAGAACUAUUAUGUUACUCUUAAUUGCUCUAGUACGAUUAAAUUUUGGUCAAAGAGAAAAAUUAGAAUAUGAACAAAAAAUAAAUACUAAUAUUUUACCUCUUAUGAAAGCAAGCGAAAUAUAUAGACCAUUAACACACUGUAUUAUUCGUGAAAUUAUAAGGAAACUACAAACAUUUAAUUCAGAAGAAUUAAUUAUUUGUGCUAUAUGCUUAAAUGAAUUAGAUGCAUUAAAUUUAAAUAAAGAAUUAUUUUCAUUACUAAUUGACAGGUUUUAUAAUUUAAAAAUUAAUAAUUACAUGACCAGUGAUCAAUUAGCACAAUUAAAAACUCUAUUUAAUUAUUGGAUUAAUCAUAAAAGAAACAUGAUAAUUGAUAACUUAAAAUAUUCAAACACAAAACAGUUUAAGCAUUUUAUUAGACCAUAA